ACAUAAUUUCUAAACAAAAUCUAUGACAGGGAGAGGUCAAUUUAUAAUAGAAUUAAUAAACACACUUCCUUAAAUAUUUCUUUCAAUAUCAUACAGAUAUAAAGAGUAGUGCAAUAUCAUCAUCAUACGUUUUUUUAAAUAUUCAUAGCCAUAAUGGAGAAAAUGUUAUCAAUACCAGAAAUAGCCACAGAAAUGGUAGAAAAAACAUUAAUGGAAACAAGUGACAAUAAUUCUCGUACGCUGUUCGUUGUUGGCAGUAAAUCAUCCGGUAAAACGUCCUUAUUAUAUACUUUUCUUGAUAAAAACGAAACACCACGUGAAACGUUGGUACUAGAAUAUUCUUUUGGACGGAAAUCAAAUCAAAAACAAGGUAUCGAAAAGACUGUUUGUCAUGUUUGGGAAUAUGGCGGCAAAUUGAAUUUAUUAAAAAACGUAUUGACCUCGAUACCAAUGCACGGAGUACAUAUUUACUGCAUUAUAAUAGAUUUAAGUAAGGUUAAAUCUAUCUGGAGUACAUUGGAACUAUGCUUGCAAUCGUAUUCUGAACUAGAAAAAACACCGGAAGUCAUUAUAAUUGGUGGGAAAUAUGACAUUUUCAAAGAUUACGAUAAUGAAAUUAAGAAAUUUAUAUGCACAACUCUCAGAAGUGUCUCUCUUAUUUAUAGUGCCCAUUUACUGUUUUAUUCAUCAAAGGAUCCAUACUUAGUAAAAAGAGGAAAAGAAAUAUUACAUAACAUGUGUUUUGGAAAUUUCUCUUCAUUCAAAGAGAAAAAUACAAACUUUGGAAAGCCUUUAAUGGUAGCCAAAGGUGCAGAUUCGUGGGAAAAUAUCGGUGUCCCUAAAUCUACAAUAGAGGAAGUGAAAAUGCGGCAUUUAUCUCGCAUCCCAUUGCAACCGGAAGUCACCGAGACGGAUGUUGACUCUGGACUCAAACUUAUGCGAUCUCAUCCAGAAACAGCGAUAGAUGUCAAAGUGGCUUUGAAAUAUGAAGAACUACGAAACCUUACAUCUUUGGAUAUUUCGAUUGAUGACUAUUUAGCGGGAAUAAAAUCGUAAAUCAGUUUAAAUAGUUGUGUAGUUUUGAUAAAAUGUUUAAAUAAAAAACUUUGAUAAUACUUUGAA